AUGGAUGUAGACCUGGCCCUCGUCAGCGCGCUGCAGCUCCGUGAGCUGUUGCAACAGCACUCACCCCUCUCUCCGCAAGUACAAGACUUGGCCUCCGAAUGCAAAAAACUGUUCGCUCUUGGGGAGGAAUCCCUCAAGGGGGUGAGCCCGUCGGACCCUCGGUUGCAGAAGGCGUGCAAGGAAUUGGAGGAGGCUCUGACGUUCUUUCAUUCUAUUGCUGCAGCAGAUGAGGACUUAGCAAAGCAGCAAGGGGCUGACGAGAAACAGAACCAUGAGCACCACCAGCACGAGUCAGCGGCCUCAGGCCGCCACCGACAUGGCAGGCGCGCCGAGAGGGAAAACAGCAAGAGACAGCAUCGAGGCCGGAACAGUAGCAGCAAGGGGAAGAAGAAGGACAAACUAAAGGCAGCAGAGGCAGAACGAACUGCUCCUGAUGCGCCGGAAAAGCCGGUUGAUUCCUUGUUCGGGAAUUGGCCCCCCAUAGACUUCACCUUCCCGGAGAGCCAAAUCGUAGUUCCAACUGGGUCUACUGGGCUCGAAGUCCCUUCGUGGGGAAACGGCGCAGCUAAGGACCCUUUUCGUUUAUCCGCAGCAGACUCUUGUGCUGCGGCAGCUGCUCCAGCGAAUGCGCCAGCAGGUGCUGCAGAGGAAUCGGCAAGGCUCAGGCGUGGCAGGGCAAGGACUCACAACAGGAGGCGGGCAAAAACCAGCAGCACCAGCAGACCGUGUGAAGCGGAUGCAUCAAGCAGUGACGGCGACAGCAGCAGUAGCAGCAGUAGCAGCCGCAGCGUUUGCCUGAGCAGCACCGCGGAAACACACAGGGAAAACAGCAACGAAAGCGAAGUCACAAAGAGCAACGACAAGCGUCGCAGGCGCCAAAGAAGGAUCAAUCGUUCAUUGGCUCAGCCCUGUAGUGACGAGGAAAUUACAGCUUCGGCAGCGUUUCACCCUGCAGGAACACCAGAAGUGUCAGCUGAUGACUGUUGCAGAAUUUGCGUUUCAUCUCUGCGUGCUGUCUUCGUGGCCAAAUGCGCCGCCAGUCCAUUUCGCAUAGAUGCAAGCAUAUUUGUUCCUUCGGAGAGUUUGGAAACUGAAGCCGAGAACACCUCCGAGUUGGGCGUUGUCGUCAGCAGCAGCAGCAGCGGUGACACUAGUAGAGAGUUGCAGGUAACAUGGCAGCAACCUCUGCAUUUUCUCAUUCGUACGCGUCAAGCCGAGGGGGGAAGGAAAAGAGGAGAGGGUGGCAGCGCUUCCGCGAAUCCUCUGCAGUAUCUGCAAAAGGAGGGAAUCCUGCGCUUUAUAAUUAGGAGAGGAGACGACGCAUGGCCGGCCUUCUCGGCUCAGUUUCCUCUCAGCUCUCUUACAUACGGGGUCUUCAGCACCCACCAUGUAUCUAUGUUUUCGAAAGAAGAAAAUGCCACAGACUACAACGCAGCAUGCGGCUACCUGACCUUCUCACUAUCAGCAGAACCAGCAAAGCCCUCGGCUGGCGCCACACCGCUUGCACUGGCAGAUCUUGCCAGGAGCACUGUGUCAACUACAGCUGAAAAGAAGACGCAAAGACGAGCUGACACCGUGGGGGCACAUGGUAUAGAUCUUCAUGCAAGUUUAAACUCGGCUCGAAACGAGAACGCAUCGUUGCAACAACAAAACAAGCUACUACAAGCGCAAGUGGAGGAGCAGCAACAGGCUCUAAUGCAGCAACAGCAACAUAUCCUGGCCCUUGAAGCUCACAUGCAACAACUCACAGCACAGCUCACAGAAGCAUCUCAGCGACUCGCCGCUGCUGAAAUGCAACAGCAGCAACAGCAGCAGACGCUGCAACGCAUGCAGCAACAACGCGAUUCUGAAUCCCGUGGUUCUGCAGCUGAGAUCGCGAGGCUGCAACACGAAGUUCAGAAGUUGGAAGACUUACGCAGAAACGCCGAAGAAGAACAAAAGCUUCACCGCAAACAAAUUCGCAGCUACCGCACGGAGGCCGAGCAGCAAGAACGUGAGCUACGGCGGCUGCUUGAGGAGCAGAAAGAUGCACACAAGAAAGCCGUGGAGCAGGAGAAGACUAUCGUUGAGCUGAGAACGCUACUUAGCAACGCGCGAAGCCGCAUAAGGAAUGAACGACAGCGGAAUGAGGGGCUAGUGGGCAAACUGGAGGGUCUCAUUCAUCAGUGCACUGAAUCUCACGUUGGUUUUGUGUACAGAAAAGCAGCAGAGGAGGGGAAGCUACAGCUGCUGAGCUUGACCUGGGGCUUGGAGGCUCCACCAGUCUUCACGGGAUUCCCGGAGUCUGCGCCGAUCUGUGAUAAGCAACCUGGAAAAGAGUUGAGGCGGAAGCAGCAGCAAAAGGGAGAUCGAGGAUGGAAUGAUACCAGAAUUCUGCGUCGUCUCCUGCCCCCUAGUCAGCCAACAGGAGCGGUCUGGGAGACUGCUCUGAGGUUACCAAUGCAGGAAGGUUAUUCCCACAUUUUGCUUGAACACGGUAUUCCCUCUGGGCAGCCAUGGGGCGGUGUCCUCCUUGAGAGUACAGAACUAACUGUAGAAUGGUUUUGCUCCGUCCACUCGGGAAGCGGUGGCAAAGGAAGCUCUCUCUUACCAGCGUUUCUUUCUGGCAGCAUUGCGGCAACCGCCUCAUUCAUUGCCAAUAUCUGCUUCAAUCUAUCCCCUUGCCCCGAUGUAACUGUUGCCCUCGAUAGGGAAGUGCUGGAGGGUGGGCGCGUCGUUGUGAAUGCGAAGCCAAACCAAGGAGCGCGGUGUGUGGCUGUUGCUGGGAAACUUGAGGUUUCCCGUCCCUCUCGAGAUAUUCCCACUCUUCUCAUCAGCGCUCUAACGCCCGACUCGCAAAAGCGUUCCUUGAGACUGAAGUUGCCGCUUCCGUCUGCGGUGUUCUGUGUGCCCUUCCCACUUUCGCGGGAGGCAUUUUCUACCAGGUGGCGGUCUCUAGAGAUGCAGGAGGAAGCAGUUUUGAUCGACAUGGUCCCAAAUCGCAUCCGCAUGGCUCUUUCCUUAUGCGCUCUUGGGGGGCGCUUCCUUAUCCUCCCCAUGGAUGAAGGAGACCCGAGGGGCGAGUUUUCUGCAGGAGCGGCAGGAUGCAUGCGUAUUCAGGCUUCUGGUGCCUUUCCUGCAAGUGCUGAGUGCUUGGAGGGCAGGAGUGUCCCGCAUUUCUGCCCCCCAUCGUACACGGGGCACCCGGUUGAAGUUGAAAAAUAUAUCCCCUGCUUGGUUGAGCUCUCUGUCAAACGGAACGCCUUUGCUGGAACAGAGCGUCAGAUGCAGUCCGCCUCUAAAUGGGGACGUACGCCCAGUGGCCUUCUCCGCGUACGGUGCGCCAACUCAUCUCUGAGGAACAGCGUUCUUGAAGUUCUCUUGCAGCAGUUCCUCACCCCGUCGCAAAUAAUUCACGCGUCUCCAUCUGCCUAG